AUGGCAGCACCACCACCACCAGCAGCAGCAGCAGUGCGGGGCCCCACAGCGGCUCACGAGAUGGCGGCGGAGGAGCCCUCGGGCACCUCUGAGGCUCCUGGUGAAGCUCUCCGAGCCUCUCCCUGCCCUCCCGGCCCUCUGGCAGCCCCCCGAGCGGCUGGGGGGAGCUCGUACUUGGCGGCGUGCCGGGCCUGCGGCGUCAGCCCGGCCUCCUGCCUCCUGCGGCGGCCGCCGGGCACCGCCAUCCCCCUGCGGCACCGGGGGCUGGGCCCGCGGGGUGCCAAGGCCUUAGCUCUUUCCUUGGUGGCUGAUACCUCCAUCAUCAAGUUAGACCUGGGUGACAACUGGCUGCUGGGAGAAGGGGCGGCUGCAAUUGCAGAGAUGCUGAAAGAAAACUGCUACAUUUCAGAUGUCAAUUUAUCUGACAACAAAUUGGGCACUGAGGGAGCUAAGGCCCUUUCUGCUAUGCUUCUAGAAAACAAUACAAUUGUGUCCCUCCAGCUCUCAGGAAAUGAAUUUGAUGACCAUGCAGCAAAGUAUUUAGCAGAUGCCAUCACAGCAAACAGCAAAGUGGAAAUUCUUGAUCUGAGUUACAACAGGUUUGGUGACAAAGCAGGUGAAGUUCUUGGAAUGGCAAUAGCAGAAAACAUUGGACUAAAGGAACUUAAAAUCAGCUGGAACCAUUUCCAUAGUGAAGGGGCAGCUGCUUUGGCCAGAGGCUUGGGGGCAAACAUAUUCCUCAAGGUGCUGGAUGUUUCCUACAAUGGUUUUGACAACAGUGGAGCAGCUGCCUUGGGGGAGGCUCUCAAAACCAACAAUGUACUGGAAGAGCUCAACAUUAGCAAUAAUCGUAUCUCGGUGGAAGGAGCUCUGCGAUUUGCAGUUGGCCUGAAAGAAAACAAGACUCUAAAGACUCUCAAUAUGAUCAGAAAUCCCAUGCAGAAUGAAGGCUGCUGUGGGGUCCUCAAAGCUCUCCAGGCAAAUCCUGGCACUGGUGUGGAGAUCCUGGAUCUGCCAGACAUACCUGUGAGCAAAGAGUUUGCAGAGCUGUGUGAUGCUGUGAAAAUACUUUUUCCAAAUCUACUUCUCAGACAUGGUGGAAACACAAAGUUGCAGAGGAAGAGUCAGUUGAAGGUCGAGCUUCAGACUCAGAUGAAAGUGGUGGGUAAUUCCCAGAAUACAGUGGCUUAACGUGAGUCUCUUUGGGACUGCUUCAGCACUUCAGCCUAACAUCCCAGUACCACUAACCAAAGCUGUGACACAGGAAUGCCCUGGGGUACUGCUGAAAGCAAAAUCUGGAAUUAUUGGCUACUUCACCAUGGCUGUCACUUGGAACUUUUUGUAUCUGUUUACUUUAAGAUUUCUGCUGUGUCCAGCUCUGAGUCUCUUCUAGCACAUGCAAGAACAUCUCCAUGGAUGAGACUCCAUGGCUUCUCUUUGCAUAGAGACAUUUCUGCAUAGAAACGUUUAUCAUCUUACCAUCUAUCUUUCUAUCUAGAGGCGUUUGUCUGGAGCAGCUGGCAGAACACAACGUGCCACAGCUGCUGCUUGUGGCUGCUGUUGUUUAGAUCCAUGGCCCACUGCAGUGGGGUCUGCACAGCUCAAGAGCGCGGUGUGCUUACGUAGCAAGUAAAGUCCUGUUCAGAGAUGUGCUGUGAACAGAUGCUUUCUGUCUUAGGCUUGUUCUCCUGCUAUACAGCCGGGAUUGCUUUUGCUGAAUUGGCUGUCAGAUGCACUGGUGACUCAUUUUCAGCUGCCUCCUACUGCAGUUCCUUAGCCUUAUGAGGAGCCCAUACUCUCCAGGGUAAAGACCCUGUCCUAGGUCAUGACUGGCAUUGUUAUUUCCUGGGUUUGGGGUGGCAGGGAUGGGUUAUGAGUGCCUUCAGGAGCAGCGUGUGGUGGGAGAAGAGUCACAGGGUUGUGCAGUUAAGCUGGGCUUAACUCUCCCUCUCCUGGCCUCCAUGAGAAGUGGUUUCAUGCAGCAAUUUCUGGCAGCCUGGGAGAGAAAGUUGCUGAGGACAGUCACACGAAACCAUCUGGAUGUCUGGCAUGGGCUGGAGGUGCAGGUGGCUCCCAGCAGUGUUCAGUGCCACCUUACCCUAUUUAUGGCUGCACAGCCAUAUACAUUAUCAUUGUCUUCCUAAUUUCCCGAAGGUUUGCAGGCAUUGUUGGCAGAGUGUGUGCACCAAUGUUGGCUUUAUUUGGGUCUCCAGCUAGGCAAGCCUUGUCUGUCCCAAGGUGUGUUAAGGUUUUGGAUUUCUCUGCAGCUAACAGGCUGACUGAUGAGGUUCAAGGCAGUGCUCUCUUGGAGGGGAGCAGUGACACCUCCCUGAGAAGGCAGCUCACUAAGGCAGGGGCUGGAAUUCAAGACUCUUCUGCCAGCCUCAUCCCAGAGUAGCUGGCUGGUGCCCUGUGUUUUGCUUUAUGCUUUUUUUUGAAGAUGAGUUUUAACUUUUUUAUCUGGAAAUUUCUCUAUGCUGUUACUAUUUGCCUUAUGGAAACUGUCCUAUACAUGCACACAUUAUUUUACAUUUAUGUAUGUAAUACAUAACAUCUGUGCCUUGGACUCAUAAACUGUUCACACCACUUGGAGAGGUCUCUUGCAUGUUUUAAGUUCUGUAAAUAUUGUUUGUUUCUAGAAAUUUCAUAACUAUCCUGGCACUCCCUCAAGAUUAAAAUUCCAUGUGUUGAAUUAGGCAUCAUUUAAUGUUUCUCUUAACUCCUUUGCACAUAGCCAUUUUUAUACUCUCCAAAAGAGGGAUGCAAGUUCAAAUAAUAUAAAAAAAAAACAAAACAUAUGAUAGGUAAAGCAUUCUUAUACGCCAAUUUCUUUCCUAUUUACCAGGUGGUAUAACAAGAGAAGAUCCCUUAAGAAAUCUCAGGUAGCAGUUCAGUGCCUUUAUAGUAGAACAACAGCACUGCUGCCUUUUUGUAACCCCCUGACCCCAUCAAAGCACAGAGGUUACAGAAAUCCAUAUCAAUGGGCAUUAAUGAUAGCUUCUCCUUAAUUCUUGAGCAGCUUUUAUUUUGAUCAGUGUCAGUUUGCUGCCUGGCAUCGCCUUGCACCUCUUCACCUCUCUGAAGGCUCAGCAAGCUUGUCUUCUUGCAGUGUUCUGGCGUUUCCUCAGCUGCCCAAUUGUUUCUGGUAAAUGGGUGUGAAAGCUCCAGGGAAGCUCACUGGCCAGUUCCAUGUGAAACACCUCUGGUGCAGGUCACGUCAGUGAUGACAACAUAUUAAGGUAUAGUAGAUACUAAAAAACAUCAUUGUUAGUGGUGAUAGAGUACAGGAAUCUGAGCUUUUCUGCCAGCACAAAAGAGUUUUUGUGGGUGCUGCCAUCUCUUCUGCAGUAUUCCCUCUGAUACUUUCAUCCAGUCAGGGUGACUGCUUGCCUGGGUGCUUUCCUAAGUACUGUGGAGGUAAAAAGCAGGUCAGGAGCAGGGAGGGAUUUGUCAGGUGUGCUGCCAAGCAGGAAGGCACCUUGUUUCAUGUCCCAUUGAGCAUCAGGGCCCAUGGUGCUUGGUGCUGCCCUAAAGCACUUCCAGUUUGGUGUGGGAAGCUAGGCAGGGGCAGAAGGGAUUGAGAGAAAUCUGUUGUCCUUCCCAGCAUGGGAUCAGCACCCUGCAGACCUGGAAAGCAUCUGAGAGACAUUUCAUAAGCUGACAAAGCUGUCAUCGCCCUGAGGAACGAUGGCUAGUCUCUUACUUAAAUUUCCCUUGUGACAGUUUAAGUCCAUUGCUUCUUGCCUCGUCUUCUGUGCGUACGGUGAAUAUCGGUAGUUUUGUGGCUGGGAGGUUGGAGACAAUGGUUGCUGUAUGAAGGGGAGCCUCUGUGAUGGGACCACGUUGUACAUGUACUUAGACAAAUCGAAUGAAAAUGUCUGCACCAUGUGGCGAGACAGGGAAGAGCUGUGGCCCAAACGCAGCCUUGCUUGGGGAGCUGCUGAGAUGCAGGCUGCUGAAACGCUUCCGAAAUGCAAGCACAAGCCUUCUGCAAUGCAUUGGGUGCCCAUGGGCUCAGCAAGCCAGCUGCUUGCGUUGGUUGGCAGCACCUUGUGGAAGGAAAAGGGGGACAAAGACACCCGCGGUUUGUGCCACCACCUGCCAGAAGAAGCAGGUUUGCUGCUGUUAGGAAUGAAGCGUGGUGCUUACCUCAUCCUCUGGCUGUGUUUGUUAGAGGAGGAGGAGGGGAGGCUCGUGUGGAAUAACAAGAGGAUUACUUACAGCCAGCCUUAAACGAGCCCUGCAGCUUGUGUGUGCUGCUUGCAGAGCUGCGCUGGGGGCUGGGAAGUGACUUAACCAGGGCAUUGAGCUGCUGUGUGUCCUGGGCACCAGCCCACCACCCUCUUUCAGCAUCUGGGGCUCCCUUUCCCUUCCCUCCAGUGUGGACAGGGUCUGUAACCGGGUCAGUGCUGAAGGAGCUCUGGGAUGCACCUGCAACUUGCUUUGCUGUGUGGCAUCCCUGCUCCUCCCAAGCUCAGGCAGCCCAAGUCACUGUGGCUGUGUGGGCAGCAGCAGCGAGCCUGUUUCUUUCCAACAUUCACCAGAGCUGCCCCUUUCAGUCAUCUCUGGACAUGGCUGGGGCAGCCUGGGGCAGGACAACCUCCGACAGCUGUCUGAACCUUGGCAGCAUCUCGGGGCUGAAGGAGACACCACCUCUGUCACAACGGUGAAAUCACCCUUUCCCAGGUAAAGCAGCCCUGGCAUCGCUUUUCUCCCUAGUACAAAGCCAUAUUAUUCCUGAUCUGAAUUUACAUUUCCCCUCAUCUUCUUCCAUCUUCUUCUACGGCCCUCCCUCCUGUAACUGCCCUCCUUUGCAAACAGGCAGCUCCCAGGAGCCCUCCUACUUCAGCAGUGCCUUCUCCCUGCCUGCUGCCUCUGCUGCGAGUGGGGAUGAUCCCCCAAGGAUCCCGUUAGCCCUCUGAGCAGAGCCUGGCCAUGGACACGUGCUGAACUGCUUAUGCCCCACGACCUCUAAAGCCCUUUCAGGUUGCCACAGCCCUGGCACUGGUCCUUAUAUCUGACCUACAUACUUCGCUCUGAUAUAUUCGAGUUAGACUGAUUUACACCAACUCCAGCUAGGCUGAACAGACCGUUGCCAUGGGUCUCAGAAAAAAGUGGUUUUCUUUUUCCUUUUCUUAAUUUUCUUUUUCUUUUUCUUUUAAACAACUAAUCUGGAGGAAGAUACUGCCAUGGAAAAUCAUAUCACCUGCUGUAAAACAACAAACUCCCCUCUCCCCAUGCCCUGUGAAAGUGAAUUGUGAGCCACACGUGGGGGUGGUUUGUUUUCUAACCUGUGUGGGAAUACAGAAGGGGAGCUGACAUCUUUUCCAUGAUUUCUGAUGCACCUGCACCCAGCUGAUGGCCACGUGCUGAGCCCCGCUGAAGGUGCUUGCCUGGCCGCAUCUCAGAGCACUGUUGACAUGCUUUGGUUUAGAUUUUUCUCCUGCUGAUACAAUUUUAGGAGCAUUGUGGGAGGGCUCCGUUGGCGUCAGUGGCUGCUGACAUAAAAACAGGCUUUGCUGGUUUUGAGCAUAAUUAGGUAAGCAAUUUAAAAUCAAUUAAUAUAUGUUCUGCUUCUGUCCAGGACACAUUAGUACAAUAGGAUGUUGUAUGGGACAGAUGAACUGACCAAUUUUAAAAUCCUCUGUAAAAACAAACAAACAAAAAAAAAACAAACGAAUGUGCUCAAGAGGGCAUGCUCUCCUCCCAGGCUGCCACUAAUUACGUUUUGAUCCUUUAAUUCCCUGCCAGCUGCAUCCACGUCACUCCCUGAUGCCUGCCCAGCCCAUGCUCGUGCGCAGUCCCCACAGCCACACGUGGCUUUUAUGGCACAGCACAACACUGACUGUAAGCUCUCUGCAUUUUUACAAAUAAACGUUUUUAACUAGGUUAA